AUCUGUUUUCAUCGUUAAUUACAUUUAUUUUUUAUUUCUACACUCGGAUGGUCCGAUGCGCGCUCCCGUGUGUGUCGCGCUCGCCGUGCUUGUUUGUCUGUUGAAUGGCGCGGACAGUCACGUGUUCACCGCGGAGGAAAUGGACCAUGCCAGACAGCGCAUUAAAUCCAUGUUCUACCACGCCUACAACAGUUACCUUGACAACGCCUUCCCAUAUGAUGAGCUCCGCCCUCUCACCUGUGAUGGACAUGACACAUGGGGCAGUUUCUCUUUGACUCUGAUCGACUCUCUGGACACUCUGCUGGUGCUGGGAAACCGAACAGAGUUCCAGCGAGUGGCAUCACUGCUCCAGGACACCGUGGACUUUGACAUCGACGUCAACGCGUCCGUGUUUGAAACCAACAUCAGAGUGGUGGGCGGGCUGCUGUCGGCUCACCUGUUGGCGGGUCGGGCAGGUCUGGACCUGGAGCCCGGUUGGCCCUGUGCAGGACCGCUGUUGAGGCUGGCUGAGGACGCUGCCAGGAAACUGCUGCCUGCGUUCCAGACUCCCACUGGCAUGCCAUAUGGAACAGUGAACCUGCUUCACGGGGUCAGUCCAACUGAGACACCCGUCACCUGCACCGCUGGAGUGGGAACCUUCAUCCUGGAGUUCGCUACGCUAAGUCGACUUACUGGAGACCCGACAUUUGAGGACGUGGCCCGUCGAGCCCUGAGGGCCCUGUGGAAAACCAGAUCUGACAUCGGACUGGUGGGGAACCACAUUGACAUCCAGUCUAAGAAGUGGGUGGCUCAGGAUGCUGGGAUUGGCGCUGGAGUCGACUCCUACUUUGAGUACCUGGUGAAAGGAUCCAUCAUGCUGCAGGAUGAGGAGUUACUCAACAUGUUUCUGGAGUACGACCGGGCCAUCCAGAACUACACCCGCUUUGACGACUGGUACCUGUGGGUGCAGAUGCACAAAGGAUCCGUAUCCAUGCCAGUUUUCCAAAGUCUGGAGGCCUUCUGGCCGGGCCUGCAGUCUCUGCUGGGGAACCUGGACAGUGCCGCAAGAACCUUCCAGAACUAUUACUCAGUCUGGAGGCAGUUUGGAGGUCUGCCGGAGUUCUACAGCAUCCCCCAGGGUUACACUGUGGACAAAAGAGAGGGAUACCCUUUAAGACCUGAGUUAAUAGAGAGCGCCAUGUACCUCUUCAGAGCAACGGGUGACCACACCUACCUUCAGCUGGGCCUUGAUGCCUUGGAGUCCAUCGAGAAGAUCGCCAAGACGCCAUGUGGAUACGCCAGCAUCAAAGACUUGCGAGAUCACCAACUGGACAACAGGAUGGAGUCCUUCUUUCUCGCUGAAACCGUCAAGUACCUUUACCUACUUUUUGACCCCUCCCACUUCUUACAUGGCAACAGCGUGGAUGGGACAGAGUCCUGGGAGGAGGGCGGGGAGGGGGGUGAGUGUGUUUUAGGGGCGGGGGGGUUCAUCUUUAACACAGAGGCUCACCCGCUCGACCCCGCGGCGCUCUACUGCUGCAGCCGCCACAAACAGGACCGUCAGGAACUCCGUGACAUCCUGCUCAGCCUAUCAGAGCCCACCCACAAGUCCGGCAGCCAAUCACAGGCCUCCUCCAAAGAAACAGAAACAGAAGCCCCUCCUCUGGACCAAUCAGGCAGCAUCGCUCUAAAACCUGGCGAGAGGAAGAGCGCCCCCUUGCUGUCCUGCCCUGUCCAGCCGUUUAGCUCUCGACUCUCUCUCCUGGGACAAGUUUUCUCCAACAACACCUGACACCUGGACUGAAGUGGUCCGAGGCACUUCCUGACAUUCAGACACUGAUGUGGGCGGGCCGUCUGAUCACCGCGUGAAAACAUUAUUUAUUUUCAGAAUUGAUGAACUGGCCAACUGUUAAGUUUAUAGAAUUUGUAAUAAAGUUUCUCA